GUGGCUGUUUUUCCAACAUGUUCCAUGCCGUCCGUCUCGGCUAGGCUGGUGACUUGCUUGUGACCUUCAUCACACCUACCCGCCCGUCUUCGAGCCAUCUCCGGCCACCACCUCCACACCCUGUCGGCUUCCACUCUGCGAGAACACACCUGGACCCGACCCUUGGUGAUCACCCUUGCUGCUUCCGUUGCAAGCUUGGCUUUGGGCUGUUGCUAUCUCCCUUUUUAUUAUUUUUUUAAUGCUAUUGCUGCCCGUCCCGAGGACUAGCACGCAAGGCACGCAGGCCAUAUAUCCCACCUGAUCCUGAUCCUUCCCCGCCACCGUGCAGUUUCCAGUUUCCAUUCCCACCUGCCCGUUCGCUCGCUUCGUUCACUCAUCACCAGUUCCAACUCUCGACAACCAACCUUCCUACUGCGACAGUCAAGUCCAUCAUCGCCGACAACACUCGUCGCAACACCCAACGCAACUCCCGGCGGAUUGUCCACCACUACUUAGACAUUCUAGAAGCGCUCGCCGGACUGGGACUUGCGCAUUGAGCAUUGGGUCUAGGCAGUCGGCAUUGCGGCUGAACAAAGGAACAAGAGAAUUGCAUCAACACCACACGCCCACACGCCAGGCGGCCCUGAUCAGGCUCAGACAAAGACGGAAAGCCAAGAUUGAGGCAAACUCGGCCAGACAGCGAACUUGGGGUCAGCUAUCCACUUGGGGAACAGAAGUAUUGGGGCGCGACCAUUUUACACGAAACGGUCGCCGAAAUUAGCUGGACAACCGCUGCUUUCCAAAUUACGUCUCCCUUACGUUCGCACGGUCGCAAACACUAGUGCAGCAGAUAACGACCCCGUCCGCGAUAUCCACUCCCGUCAUCGCCGCGCUGCUUUCCCGGCUCCCAUCCGACCGAUACAUACGGCACAUUUGGAUCGUUACACAGAUUCCACCUAGCAACACCCUCCACGACACACACACACACACACCACACACACGAGCAGAACCGCCCAGGACCAACCCCAGAGGGAUCCUAGGCAAGCCCUCUCGCCGUCCGUCAUUUGAGUCGGCGUAACCCCAACCACGAUUGCCCGCGCACGCCGACACCAGGACGCCCGCUCCAAAAGUUGUUUGCUGACGCCUCUCACCCCGUCAGCCGUUCCUGUUUCUCUCUGUGUAUAGCACAAUAGUUCCGGUUUUGGUUUGUGUACACAUAGCUUACAAGUCGUCUGAGUAUCGCUGUCGGACAAGAUGAAGGCUCUACGAAGGUCCAUCAAGGGUGGAGAGAAGGACUCCAAACCUCAUAUUACUAUUCAACCGAAAUCUGCCGUCGCCAUCGUCCCUCCAAAGAAGGUUAUAAAAGCUCUCUACGAUUACGAAGCACAAAAUGCACAGGAGCUUAGCUUUUCACGCGGCGAUUUCUUCCAUGUCAUCGGUCGUGAAAAUGACCCAGAGUGGUAUGAGGCGUGCAACCCUGCGCUACCAGACGCUCGUGGUCUCGUGCCCGUCGCUUAUUUCCAGGCCCUUGGACGUACGGAACGCGAUAGCGGCCAGUCUCAAACCGGUUCACUGGGUUUGAAGACCGUAGAUAGUGAUUCUGGAUACGGCGAAGGCUCGGCGGCCUCGCCUCCUGGAGCAAACGCCGCGAAUCGGAUGUCGAAAACGCCUGGCAAGAAUGGAGCCAUGGUUUAUGGUGUCGUUUUGUACGAUUUCCAAGCCGAACGGGCAGACGAAUUGGAAGCCAAGCAGGGCGAGGCCAUCAUUGUCAUUGCCCAGUCGAACCCCGAAUGGUUCGUGGCUAAGCCCAUCGGAAGACUUGGCGGCCCGGGUCUGAUUCCCGUAUCCUUUGUUGAGAUCCGGGACAUGGCGAGUAACACCCCUGUCCCGAACCCCCAUGAUGCCAUACGAAAAGCUGGGAUUCCAAAGGUCGAGGAGUGGAAGAAGAUGGCUGCGGAAUAUAAGAACUCGAGCAUAACGCUCGGCAAGUUCGAUGUUGGUGGUGGCGGUGGUGGCCAACCACCACUUGACCAGGCCAUGAACCGCUUAACUUUGCAAGGAAGCGCCCGGUUGAGCCAGCAGACUACUCAUACCCAGCAACAGAUACAGGCUCAAGGACAAUCCUAUUCGAGGCCAACCUCGACACUAUACGCACCCAUCGCAGCCAGGGUUCCGAGGUACUGCUUUGCCGAGGACAAGUACUGGUUUGUUAUUGAAGCCGAACUGGAGGAUGGUCGAUGCUUCGAACUUUCGCGAUACUACGAGGAUUUCUACGACUUCCAAAUCGCGCUCCUAACCGAGUUCCCUCUUGAAGCUGGAACUACAGGCGGCAAGCAGCGGACGCUACCCUACAUGCCCGGUCCUGUUAAUUACGUGACUGAUGCGAUUACGGAAGGCCGCCGCCACAACCUUGACUCUUACGUUAAAAGUCUACUGGAACAACCGCCACACAUCUCCCGCUGUAACCUGGUCAAGCAGUUCUUUUCUCCUAGAGAGGGUGAUUACGAAAUCGACCCUAGCGUUGCUCGCGAGGAAUACCGAUUCUCUGGAGGCUCUGGUCCGUCCUCUGACUCACCAGCCGACGGCCUCUCACUACAGAGCACAGCCGGCAACAGAUAUUCUGCCGGUCUCGGUGUUCCUCAGAGGCAGCUGAGCAUUGGCAACGGCCAACAGAUUCCGGGACCUGGGCAGGCUUCACAGACCUCAUUGUCACCUGCUAUUAUGCAGGGUGGUUCACAGAUGAAAGUGAAACUGCACUUCAACGGCGACAUCAUCGCCAUCCGCGUACCCACUGAUAUUCCAUUCCAAGCUCUCCAUGACAAGAUUCUGGAUCGUCUCAAGAUUCCUCAGGGCGAGGACGUUCAGCUAAGUUACAAGGACGACGCGAGUGGCGAGAAGCCUCCUCUGAUGAACGACGAAGAUCUGGAUAUUGCACUGCAACGGAACGAAAAGCUGCUCGUUUACGUGGAAUAAUGGACUGACGGACUUUGAAACCCCAACCCAUACACGUUUGUUGGCCAUAUUCCGAUACACAGCGCAUUCGGAUACCAUGGUCACAUGCGCCAUGUUUCACGAACAUUUGAUUCGAAGGCAGCAACUGGGUAAACUAAGCGCUCGGCCUUCAAAAGUCACGCCAGAUGGCUACAUACACAAGCAAGGCGAACAACGUGGAGGGAAUUGCUCAUUUGCGCACUCAGUUACAUACCAUCUUUUCUCGUUGACGGCUGCCAACAAACUGCUCUUUAUCCAACACACAAUGCGAUAUCUAUACCCCACGCUAUAUACCCAAACGCAUACGUAAAUCAUAUAGGACUUCGCGGUUCAGUCGUUGUAAUACAUUUCGAAUUGAUCGGCUCGUCUCUCUCCACUCACUAAAAUUUCUGGGACGCAGAUGGUCAUGGGGCAUUUUGGAUGCGGCAGGGACUUUGGGAUACGGUGAUAUUUUUUUGGAACAGCUCAGGAGUCAGGCCAAAGGAGUCUGUGACCAUGGUGAAAAAAAGGAAGGAAGUAGAGUCAGGGGAGGAUCUGCGCGCUUGCUGGAAGGCUGCGGUGGGGCCAAGUUGGGAGAUGGAUUCUUGGUUAGGCGUGGGGGAGGGUGGAAGGAUUAAAUUUGAUACCAAACUACGUUGCUACUCGAGGUCGAAGAUGGGUGGUGGAUUACCAUAAGAAGAGGUGGUGGAGGUGGUAAUGGUGGUGCUGAGGGUGAUGACAAGGGACAAGAAGAAGAAGAAGGGGCCCUUGUGAAUGGAUGAUGAAUGAAAUGAAUUUACACCCACAGGCUUUUUGUGUUUCAGGAUGUUGACCGAGAUGGCGGGGGACACGGGGUAUCGUUUCUGCAGUGUAGGUGAGAUUUGAAGAUAUCCAUGUGCAGUCAAGGUGUUUUUGGUAAUAAAAAAAUUGGGAGCGAAAGAUGACCGGAGAAAAGAGAGUAGUGGUGGUCUACUCGCAGCCAGUAAGUAGCAUAAAUCUACAUUUGAA